AGGCAGUAGGACGGGCAGCCCCAGGGAGGCGUCCCAUGAUGCAGUGCGCGAGGGCCUUUCACCCCCCCCCCCCGCACAUGCAGCUGCUGGAGGAGCACGUGACAGAGAAGGGCCAACAUGCCGAAAUCUAAGAGGGACAAGAAAGUUUCAUUAACCAAGACGACCAAGAAGGGUCUGCAGGUGAAGCAGAAUCUCAUAGAAGAGUUGCGGAAAUGUGUGGACACCUACAAAUACCUCUUUGUCCUGUCAGUGGGGAACAUGAGGAACAACAAGCUGAAGGAUGUCCGCAAUGCCUGGAAACACAGCCGGUUAUUCUUUGGGAAGAACAAAGUGAUGGUUGUGGCGUUGGGAAGGGGGCCCAGUGAUGAAUAUAAAGACAACUUACACCAGCUCAGCAAGUGUCUGAGGGGGGAGGUCGGACUGCUGUGUACCAACCGCACACAGGAAGAAGUCAAAGAUCUGUUUAAUGAGUUUAAAGAGAUUGAUUUUGCUCGGGCCGGAAAUAAAGCCACAUACAGUGUGGUGCUGGACGCCGGGCCCCUGGAACAGUUUACACACUCCAUGGAGCCACAGUUACGUCAGCUGGGCCUUCCCACUGCGCUGAAGAAAGGGGUGGUGACUCUGUUGUCGGAUUAUGAGAUGUGUAAAGAUGGGGACACCCUGACCCCGGAGCAGGCCCGCUUACUGAAAUUAUUUGGUUAUCAGAUGGCGGAGUUUAAAGUCACCUUAAAGUCCAUGUGGUCAUCAGAGACGGGAGAGUUCCAGAAGCUUUCAGCCAACAAUGAAAAUGAUGCAGAGGAGAUGGAAGAGGAUGAUGAUGAUGAUGAGGAUGAUGAUGCAGCGGAGCUGAAGGAUGAACCCCUCAUUCUGUGA